AUGGAAAAUCGAGAGCCGUACAAUCUGCGCGUGCCCAUGUUCCUCUACAAUGUCAUCAUGACCAUCAUCAAUAUGAUCGCCGUGUACAAGGUCAUUCCCAUGUCCAACUACUUUCGGGUGCUGCUUGAUUUUGAGUACCCAGACCGAAAUGACAUGUCUGAGCACUCUAUCUACCUGAUACACUUGGGCUACUGUUACUGGCUCAGCAAGCUAGCCGACUGUUUUGAUACGCUCUUCUUUGUUCUUCGAAAAAAGUACGAGCACAUAACUUUGCUUCACGUUUACCAUCACACAAUUGUGCCCGUUUUUGGUUACAUGCUCCUUCGCAUCAAUCCUCUUCUUCCAGCGUGUUUCCUUUUUGCCAUCGUAAAUUCUAGCAUUCACGUGAUCAUGUACUCAUACUACGCUUUGGCAGCCCUUGGACCUAACGUUCAGAAGUAUCUGUGGUGGAAGAAGUACAUCACCAUUCUCCAGCUGUGGCA